AGUGAGAGUCGUUCCCACGUGAGAGGCUCCGCGGCCGAAUUCCUCGCGUGCGGCAGCGGCGGCGGCGGGGGGCCGGGCGGCCGGCGGGACAGAGAGCCGUGGUCCCGCGCGCUCCGGCGGCCGGGCAGGCGGCGGGGGCGGAGCUCGGCUGAGCCCAGAUGCGGCGGCGGCCCCGGGGGCUGUGAGCCCGGCGCCCGCCGUCGGAGCACACCGCGCCGCCUCGGGCAGCGCCCCCCCGGGCACCGGGCAUGCGGGCGGCCGACUCGGGCACCUGGGAGCGCGUCAGGCAGCUGGCGGCGCAGGGCGAGCCGGCGCCUUCCUGCGGGGCGGGGGCCGGGCCGGCGCGCCCUCCGGAACCCGCAGCCUACGAGCAGUAUGCGGACGCCGCAGGGCCCGGAGAUCGGCCCCGCGCCCGGGCGCCCUCCUUUCGAGCGGAUGGCGACUGCAACGAGCCCGUGCUCCUGCGGGAAGAAGUGUCCCGGCUCCAGGAGGAAGUCCACCUUCUCCGGCAGAUGAAGGAGAUGCUGACGAAGGACCUGGAGGAGUCCCAGGGUGGCAAGUCCUCUGAGGUCCUCUCAGCCACCGAGCUCAGGGUCCAGCUGGCCCAGAAGGAGCAAGAGCUAGCCAGAGCCAAAGAAGCCUUGCAGGCCAUGAAAGCCGACCGGAAGCGCCUCAAGGGCGAGAAGACGGACCUGGUGAGCCAGAUGCAGCAGCUCUACGCCACCCUGGAGAGCCGCGAGGAGCAGCUGCGGGACUUCAUCCGGAACUACGAGCAGCACCGCAAGGAGAGCGAGGACGCAGUCAAAGCUCUGGCUAAGGAGAAGGACCUGCUGGAGCGGGAGAAGUGGGAGCUCCGGCGCCAAGCCAAGGAGGCCACGGACCACGCCACGGCGCUGCGCUCCCAGCUGGACCUCAAGGACAACCGGAUGAAGGAGCUGGAGGCUGAGCUGGCCAUGGCCAAGCAGUCUUUAGCUACGCUGACCAAGGACGUCCCCAAGCGGCAUUCACUGGCCAUGCCGGGCGAGACGGUGCUCAACGGCAACCAGGAGUGGGUGGUGCAGGCGGACCUGCCGCUGACCGCAGCCAUCCGGCAGAGCCAGCAAACUCUCUACCACUCGCAUCCCCCCCACCCUGCAGACCGGCAAGCGGUCAGGGUGAGCCCCUGCCACUCCCGGCAGCCCUCUGUCAUCUCUGACGCUUCCGCCGCGGAAGGCGACCGGUCAUCCACGCCAAGCGACAUCAACUCCCCUCGACACCGGACGCACUCCCUCUGCAACGGCGACAGUCCCGGCCCAGUUCAGAAGAACCUGCACAACCCUAUUGUACAGUCACUAGAGGAUCUUGAAGACCAAAAACGGAAAAAGAAGAAAGAGAAGAUGGGAUUCGGCUCCAUCUCCCGCGUCUUCGCCAGAGGGAAGCAGCGGAAGUCCCUCGACCCCGGCCUCUUUGAUGGUACCGCCCCUGAUUAUUACAUAGAGGAGGACGCGGACUGGUGAUACCCGCCUCCCUUGGCCUGCUUCCGGGCAGGCGUGUCAGUGCGUGUGGACGUGUGUGUGCGUGCAUGGGGCACGCAGGGGCGUGCGUGCGUGCAUGGGGCGCGCGGGAUUGGGGUGUGGCCAGGUGCAAACAUGUGUGACCCCUCCCCCGUGCGUCGCCACCUUUGUAAUUGAUGUACAUACUACAGACGUGUGUUAAUAUGUCAACUCUGUCAUCUCUGGCGCGAUACGGUUGUGUUGUUAAUCUGGGUUCGUUUUGGUUUUUUGUUUUUGUUUUUCUUUUUCUUUUUUUUUCCAAUGUUUCCUUUCGUUCAGUUCGUUGGGGUUUUUCUCCUCUCCCUUUCCCCACCCCCCCACCCCCGUUUUUAUGAAACUUGAAAACUUGAAGGACUGCUGUGUAUUUGUAAAUAACAAAAACCUGUUGUGCACUCCGUGCUUGUAAAUGUCCCUCGUCCACACUGCUACUUCUGGAGCCCGUCUGCCCGAGGAUGUGGUCUGUUUUUUAUGUCCUCCCCUCCCUGCUCCCACCCCCACCCCCGUGUGUACACGUGGGACCAGACCCUGUUCUCGGGGCGCGCCCAAGUCACUUUAACCACAAAACGCCACCGUCGUCAGGGUAAGGUCUGCUCUCCGCGAGACUCUCAAAACCCGGCCAAGGGGCCUCAUCUUAGCCGGGUUUGCCGAGGUCAAAUGGGCUCCUUUCAAUGGCCUGCCGGUUUUUACAUUGCUUUGCCAUUUCUUUCUUUGUGGAAACAAAAGAAAAAGAACAUUGUUCCGUUUAAUUUAUUUGCACAAAUGCAGAAGACUUAUUCUAUCUAAAUUAUUACAUAAAUAUUGGAAUGUAUAUUUUUCCAUGAGGUGGGGGGGUGGGCAGUGGGAGGUGGGUGUUCCUGUCGGCCUGUCUAGUCUCUUAUCACGCUGCUGCUGCCAAACUUCGCAAGGUAGAGUUUAGGGUGGCCAGAACCCGGGGUGCGUGGGGUCUCAGAGCUUGCUGUUCUCCGUUAUUUCUUCCUCUCUCUCCCCGCAUUCCUCCACCCCUGCAUGGAGGUGCGCUCCACCUCUCUUCCUGCCCGUAGCUCUCUCUGGGCCAUUCUCUAUGUAUUUAUUUACCUGAACUACAAAACGCUGAGCUCAGUGAGCAGAGCACGUCCUGUAAGAGUCGCCUUCUCCUGGUGACUGUCUCUUGGGUCUGUCUUCGGAGUGAGCGUGAAUAUACGGGGGAGAUAGCCAAUUGCACAGCCACAGGGUAUGACCGCAGGGGACCCUCGGCCAAGCGGCCCCACGGGGGUCCUCCAGCGGCUUACAUUCCUUCCUGUGGCUCUGUCUCUCUCCUCCGUGGGUUAUUCUGCACACUGACCAGCAGGUGUCACUGGGGAGGCUCUCGCCUCAAGGGGAGGGCUGUGGGGGACACAGUGUCGGGACCAGGGCCCACGCCCUCCCCAUUCUGGUUGGUUCCUGCUGCCACACCUGGCAGAAUCUCUUGGGGUCCCUUAGGCAGCCUGAGCCCAGUCACCCCAGGAGAGAGAGCUGGCAGGAGCAUCUGCCUAUUUAGGGAACAGAGUUGGCCUGUGAGGCGUCACCAUCAAGGAACCGUGUGCAUUAAACAUGGGGUGAUAGAGAUCACAUGAGCUAGAAGCCAGGGCCUCCCCGGGGCUGCAAACUAGCUUCCCUUUUCUUUUGGGGGGUGAAUUCCCCCCCACCCCGUGCCUCCCACCCAGUCCUCCCCCUUAACUACUAACAGCUCAAUUCACACACCCUCUAAACAGUAGUAGUUGCGCUUUCUGCUAACUGUAACACGGUCGGCUCUCACCAAGAAACAACAUUUUCAGAUGCCGGAGCAUCUCACAGAGACUGUCCCCAGUCUCUAAAACAAACAGAAAAGCCCCAGCCGGUGGCUCCCUUUCCUCCUGACCUGGUGGGGGUUGGGAAGGACCCGGCCAGGCACCUAAUAAGGCGCUUUCUGGCCUCCUCACGGAGAGACCGAGACCUGGCACCUUCCUCAGCAGAGAGAGAUUUUAGAAAACACUUCUCCUGCCCCGUGAAUUUUUUUUUCCUUUUGAUUGAUUUGUACUGUUUUUCCCUUCCGAGAAAGUAAGAUGGCAACGGCUCCUGGUAAUGAUUUAGUAGUUCCUUUUCAUUUCACUUUUUGUAAAUUAGGAGACAAUUCUAAGAGUUCCUAAGGAUGAUUUAUUUAAGAGAACGACAUCAAAUAGCAAAUGAGUUAUGGGUAACGCCAGAUGAAAAUAACCUUUCCCAUGGGCAAGGUUUCUCGAAGGCAUGGAUGCAAAUAUAAAAUAUUAAAAAAAUCUAAAUAAAGCUUAUUUU